AUGCUGCGCCAUGCCAUUCAAGGAGCCCGAUGGUGUCAGCAUGUGGCUCGCAGCCCAUCGUGCGCUCCACGCCGGGCCUUCUCCGCCGCAGCUCCGCGGCGUCUGAAUUAUGGCGGACCAAACGACAAAGUCAACUUUUACGAACAGGAAUCCCUUCAAAGCAAAAAAAGACGAAAAGUGGACCCCGAAGCCGAAGAUUAUGAAGAUCGAGAGCGAGUCGAACAAGAGCUCGUGAAGCUUCAGGAUGAACUAAAAGUUAUGGAGGAGGGGCCUUUUGGUCCCAACAGCGAGUUCAUCACGAGUUUGCCGGACACGGAAAGAAAGAUUGCCAUAGAAGCUCUGCGAAAGUAUGACGAGGAACACCCCGAGGAAGCCAACCAGCCCGGGCUAGAGGAGGUUUUCGACCAGGAGCUCGACGACAUGGUGCGGGAGGAAUUUGAGGGCCUCGCAAUGGAACAAGAGAACUGGGAGGACGGAGCUAAGAGGCGGCGCAGCCUGGCUGCAAGAAGAUCUGUUGCCGCAAAACGCGCCGGUGCAGACUCUCACCCAUACGCCGUCAAGUUCAACAAUUCUUUACGACAAUUCCAAGGGAACACGUCUGACGAGCGGGCUCGGCAAGAAUUGUGGAAGUGGUAUCGGCGAUGCAAGCAGACCGUCCCACAUUUUUUGACUAUCAUGCCAGAGGGUGCAAUGGAAGCGGUAUGGAAGUCGCAAGCUACAGGCGAGAUCGAAAAAGCUACACGCUCAACACACUUGCAAGUCCUGGUCCAAGAUGCUACAUCUCUCGGUCAAGCGCUCACAACACCUCAAAUCCUGUCUUAUAUAACAUCCUUACAUGAGGAUGGCGCCACCAACCUUGCAUUGGAACAGUGGGAAGCAUAUCAAACAGAGCUAUCCCAGGAAAGAGAGGACCUGGAAGAAUACUGGAAACUUGGAGUACGGCUAUUCGCCGCUGAGCGCAACCCACAACGAGCCCAGGAUAUUGCAUUGGCCUUCCUGGCAAAUGACCGAAACCGCCAGCCGCGUGUGCUUAUCCCAAUUAUCAUAUCAUGGGGAAAGCUCCCGGGAAAGGAAGCCGAAGUCAAAGCAUGGGCUCUUUAUCUACAGCUCAAAACAUUCCUGGGAACCGAGAUGACUAUGGACGAUUACGAUCAGGUCAGCAUUGGUCUACUCACUGCUGGUCGAUUAGAUACAGCGGUUGCAAUUUUCAAGGAUAUGAUGGUUACUGGACAAGACCCAAGCAAUGAUUCAACUGCAUUGUACAAAUCUGCUCUGGGUCUAGCAGGUAAUCUUCACGCAUCAAGCAUCAACGAAAGCGACGUAAACAAAGUCUCUUUGUCUGUACUCAAGGUACUACCUCGCCGCUUCCAGAACCGAUUCUUCUAUGCCAGUUGGAUGAAGAAGCUUAUCGGUAUGGGAGAGGUCGACUCUGCCGCCCUUGUCAUCGAACUAAUGUACGAGCGAGAUGUCAAGCCUGAUAGCAAGCACUUGAACGGAAUAAUUGCGGGCUGGCUCCGCGAAGGAAACCCAAGCGCACGCAACAAGGCAGAGCGACUCGCAUGGUCCAUGAUCCAGCACCGCAUUAACACUGUAUGGAAGCGUUUCCAACCGGAGCAAAGUUCUCCCCAGCUUCAGGUCAAGCAUGAACAAGUAGAAGGCACCCGCCUUCCGCGAUUCAUGCAGAGAGCAAUUCCACCUGCGAGUAUUGAGACAUUCUCCAUCCUUCUUUUACAUUACACUCGCCGAGGUGAUGACGAUAUGGUCAAAUAUUUGGUCAAGUGUCUCGGCGAUGCACAAAUCAGACCAAACUCCUAUUUCAUGAAUCACCUUCUAUACGCAGAACUCCGCAAGCAAGAUGUGCGGUCUCUCUGGUCCAAAUUCCAAACUAUGUCACUCGCCAUCCGGCCUGAUCUAGAGACAUACGCCUGUCUCUGGGACUGCGCCAAGCUCCAAUACGACCGCGGACGGACAGCCUUUGACAAGGAUUUCCCAUCAGCACGACAACUCUAUGCCAACAUGAUGUCCUGGUAUUCGCAAUUAUCUCCCCACGCCCAGGAAUUUACCCGGACCCAAAUGCCCAAGGCUCUGUAUGAUCAGAUUGUGCGAUGUUUCUGUCUCUCCAAAGAUAUCUCUGGCACACUUGUCGCUCUCCACUCAAUGCGGUCCAUCUUUGGGUUCACACCAGACGAAACUACCGCACGCAUGAUUGUUCUUCAAAUCGCGCGAUUGGCUGCUGUUCCCACCGACACACCAAAGCGACGUCUCCGCCGCAUGUCUUCGACGCCACGAAGCAAAGAAAACAUCGGCCAAGUCACUCGGCUGUUAGAACUGCUAGGUGAACGCCAAGCCGAGGCUCUGCGCAUGCAAGGUUUGAGUCUGGACGAGCUGGACCCACAUGAAAAGGAACAGCACCAGAUUGAAGUCAUUGCUCGGCUACUUCGCAUCGUUCUGAGCCGGAAAGACAACCUGAGUCCAGUGCAAGUUGAAGAAAGACUCGUGAACGCGGCGAGAGAGAUGGACGCUGCGCAGGUUGAUCUGGGGUUGCCUUUGGGUGUCGAUGAUAGCAAGUUGCUGUAA